AUGAGGGGCUCCGCACAAAGAGGGCUGAUUGCACCAGAAACAGACACCAUUCAGCAGCUAUGGCAGAAAGCAGCUAACACAAAGAAAUACAAAGAGAUUACAAAGGAGAUCUGCACAAAGCAAAAUCAGCACAAAGAACCCAAGACAAAAAAAGGCGCUGGAAACAAAGGUGGCGUCGCUGGAAGCGGCUCUGAAAGAGCUUACGUCACGGGAGGAAGCCCUGCAGGCGACGCUAAGACAGUCAAAAAACAUAUAACACAGCUCCAUACAUACAAUGAAAUACGGGAUGUAGCGUUGGGGUUGAUGGGGAAGCUUGCAGAUCAGGAACGUAGACGGAUAUAUGGCAGCGGACACCCAUCGGGUAUGGGAGUGUGUGGCGGGAAAAUCGUGGCAGAAGCCGGUUCAGAGGGACAAAAUGCAGCCAUCACACAAAAAGUUCCGGAAAAAAAUCCUGCUUGCCAAAGCACAGCAGAAAAACCGCCCCAUUCCGCAGUGGAUCCGCCUACGGACGGGCAAUACGAUUAG